UUUGAUUCUUAUAAAUUGGAUAUUUCAAUUGAAUUUAAAUUGGCCAUUCAUUUAUUAAGAGGGCAUGAGAAAGUUAGAAUAUUAUUUAAUAAAGCUGAUAUGGUUGAUAGACAACAACUAAUGUGUGUGUUAUUAAUUGAGGCUGAACAAAAAGAUCUGUUGAACAAUUUACGUGAUUUACCUUGUAAUGCAACUAUCAGAAAGAUCAAUAACAUAGUUAAAAGAGUGAGAUUAGCAAAGGUACAUGCUUACAUUAUUGGACAUUUAAAGAAAGAAAUGCCAGCCAUGUUUGUCAAUUAUACCACAAUUCAAUUAAUGAACAAAUUAUUUUCAAAUCGUUUUCAUUUUCCGGAUCAGCCGCCAAACGAAGACAAUCAAGAGUCUUCUGGUUAUAAAUUUCAACGAGAAUAUAACGGCGAUGUAUCUAUAAUUGACAUAAGCUAUCCCGAACAUGGUUUGGUUGCGGGAUUACUGCAACGAUACUUCAAUGCUCCAAGCAAUAAUAUUAUUGUCUACCCUUCAAUAAUUUUUGGUAUUGAUGAAUUUCAUGAUAGUCCUUCUGAAACUGGUGAAUUAAUUGCAGCAGAUGUUUCUGUAUAUACAAAUGCAAAUAAUGUCCAACAUCCCCGUAUACCAUAUUCAGGCCCUCCUCCAGGAAACAAAACCGGUUGGCCACAUUUGCGAAUUGCCUGUGAGGUAGGCAUCCUUCAGUCCACUGAAAAAUGGACUACCAAUAGCGGUGCUUCAGGAGUCAAUAUUCCAAUUGCACAAGUCUUCUGGGAUCCUGCACUUCCACUUUCACCUGCAGCUGAAUAUGUGCCAGAUGUUCCUGCUCCUCUUGUAAAUGGCCCUGUUAAUUUUACUAUUGAUUUAUAUCAAGUUCAACAAUUAGUUUUAUGUGAACAAGAUAAUACAUAA